AUGUGGUGUUCGAUAUGUCUACGCUACGGAUUAUCGGGUUUCAGAAUGCGUGAGACGUAUGCUUCCCUCGUGGUCACUAAACUCUCUGAGCCUCAUGAGUUGGUCACCUACGCCGCUCACACGCUCAUCGCGACCCAGCAUGGUGCUUCAGUGUUUCAAGACCAGGCAUAUACGUCUCCCGUGGAACCUUGCUCCGUGGAUCCUUUCUCUCUGAUCGUUCCAUUGGGCGAACUUAGUCACUCUCAAGUUCCGUCAGUUAGCCCCACUGUUACUACGGUCGCCACUUCAAGUGUGUCCCAAAAAGCAGCUCUCUAUCUUGCUUCUGAGUUUCCUGUCGUUUCCAGUUCUGCUGACAUCGACAAUUUAAUCAGCUUGGCUCCUAUGCCUCUAGAUUCAGUUCGUUCGGCCUCUGGCAUGCCAAUGCAGGUUCGCCCGGAG